AUGCCUAUCUCCUCUCUCGUCGCAGCACCACCCGAUAUUCCCGGACCCUCUUCUACAUCCUCCCAUUCCCGCUCUCACUCAGCUUCAGCCUCCACAUCAACUCACUCGCACGCCCCAAGCAACCCCUCUACCUCUUCCCAAGCCCCCCUCCCCUCUUCCCCGGAAACCGCCCGCCAAAUAGCCGAAGCGCGCACCGCGCUCAACGCAUCUAUCCAAAACAUUUUCACGCCCCACGAACACGCGCUUAAAUUGCGAGCACAAAAUCUGCAUCAGAAUAGUAGUGCUUUAACGAAACAGGAAAAUGAAUUGAAGAAAGAGAUUGGGAAGUUAGGGAAAGAAGGGGAUAAAUUGGAGAAGGUGGUUAGGGAGGGUCAGAAGAGGGUUAAGGAGUUGGGGAAUGUGCAGAAUUGGGCUGAGGUGCUAGAGAGGGAUUUUUUGGUUAUGGGGGAGGUUUUGAGGUUGGUGGGGGGUGUGGAGGGGGGAAGUAACUGUGGGAGUGGGAGUGAGAGUGAGGGGUGGAGCGAUGGUGGUGAGUUUGAGUGGAGUGGGGAUGAGGGGGUUGGGGAUGGGGAUGGGGAUGGGGAGGAGGGGGAUGAUGGUCAUGAUGGUGGUGUAGGGUUAAAUGGGAGUGAUGGGGCAGUUCACGUUGAAACUGAUACGCAUAUGUCUAAUGUGAGAGCAAACGAAGAUACCUCCAUACACGACACAGAUGGUAUAAAUCCCAACACCAAUGUGAAAGGCAAGGGAAAAGAAAGAGAAAGGGAAAGUGUAGAACAUACAGAGAUUACUGAUACGGAGGAAUCUUCCAUGUCAACGAAUGUAUCAAGAUCUGAACCAUCAUCUAGUUCUAUUCGUACUUCGGUUUCUGGGAUGAGUUGA